GGGGCGCACGCGCAGUCCUGCCGUUGGGCGCGCAGGCGCAGAGGCGGUGGCGGAUGUUUACCGCGGCGGAGGUCCGAGCGGUGCCGGGGCCGCGGACGCGAGGGACGCGCCCGUAAGGGAGGCGCCCUUGGAGCUGCCGUCGCGGCCCAGGUCGGUGGGCUGGAGCGCGGAGGUAGAGCUGCGCUUGCGGCCGCCCCUCGGCCCCUUCCCUCGGGCAGUGUUGCCUGAGUGUAAUCUUGAACAUGGGCGGUGCUGUGAGUGCGGGUGAGGACAAUGAUGAACUGAUUGAUAACUUGAAAGAAGCGCAGUAUAUCCGGACCGACCUGGUGGAGCAGGCCUUCCGUGCGAUUGACCGUGCAGAUUAUUAUCUGGAAGAGUUUAAGGAAAAUGCAUACAAGGAUUUGGCGUGGAAACAUGGAAACAUUCAUCUCUCGGCUCCAUGCAUCUACUCGGAGGUGAUGGAGGCUCUUGAUCUGCAGCCUGGGCUCUCAUUUCUGAACCUGGGCAGUGGCACUGGCUACCUCAGCUCUAUGGUGGGUCUAAUUUUAGGUCCUUUUGGUGUGAACCAUGGGGUGGAGCUUCAUUCAGAUGUGAUAGAGUAUGCAAAGCAGAAACUGGACUUCUUCAUCAGAACAAGUGACAGCUUUGACAAGUUUGACUUCUGUGAACCUUCCUUUGUUACUGGCAAUUGCCUGGAAAUUUCUCCAGAUUGUUGUCAGUAUGAUCGUGUGUAUUGUGGGGCUGGUGUGCAGAAAGAACAUGAAGAGUACAUGAAGAAUCUUCUCAAAGUUGGAGGGAUCCUUGUCAUGCCCUUGGAGGAGAAGUUGACCAAGAUAACACGCAUAGGUCCUUCUGCUUGGGAAACCAAGAAGAUUCUGGCAGUCUCCUUUGCCCCUCUGGUCCAGCCUUGCCACUCUGAGUCGGGAAAGUCUAGACUUGUCCAACUACCACCACCAGCUGUUCGAAGCCUACAAGACUUGGCCCGCAUUGCCAUCCGAAGCACAAUCAAGAAGGUCAUCUGCCAGGAAGCAGUGAACAAAGGUGGAAAUGGGCUGAAGAGCACACCCAGGCUUAAGCGAAGGAGGGUCCGCUGUCGACGGAUGGAGACCAUCGUCUUUUUGGACAAGGAGGUCUUUGCUAGUCGUAUUUCCAAUCCCUCUGAUGACACCAGCUGUGAGGACUUGGAAGAAGAGCAGCAGGAGGCAGCAGAGAGGACCCCCCGGGAAGUCAAACCUGAGCCUCCGGUCAACUCCCUGCGACAGAGGGUCCUAGGCCUCCCGCUGCCAGACCCCCUGAAGUAUUACUUGCUUUAUUACAGAGAAAAGUAAGUUUUGUUUAAAAAGGGAAGUGAGGGAGAGGCAAAGCCAGUCUAGUCUGCCACUCCCUGCUGCUAGGUGUUUUGAAACAGAUGCCUCUGAGGGCCACUGGCUUCAUCCACGUGUGGUUUCCCAUUUCUGGCUCCUGAUUGUCCUUUAAAACUGAUCCAGUGGUGUGACAGAUUAUGUAAGCAAUCUGACAAGACACAUACUGCAGAGAAGAAUGUUUUACUUCAGUAGGCAAUAGCUUGUCCCUCUCUGAUGAAACUCUCUUGAAAGCUAGAGCCUUCUUGUCAAAACUGUCCCUGAUGCCAGGAACAGCCUACAUAUCUCAAACGCACCUGAGUCUGACCGCACUGUGUGCCGCAAAGCACACAUGCGCAAAUGUGUGACAUACUCCCCUCCAGGUUUGAAUUUUAUGAUAUCAACCUCUUAAUUAUUGGCUCUGAGUUCCACUGAACUUUUUUUUUUUAAAUAUUCUAGAGAGUGAAAUAAAUGCUGUUGAAAAACUCUCCCUUAUUUUAAUUCAAAUAAUUAUAUGAAAAUUGCCAAUUGUAAUUUUUAAAAGAAAAAAAUGGGAUUAAAGGAGGAGUAAAAGUAUCAAACUGCAGGAAGUCUUGCUGGAAUUCCACAACUUCCAAGCAGUCCCUGGCCCCCCCCCCCCAGCUCUCCUUACCUUUAAAAGAACCACUGUCAAAUAACCUCCUGAAAAGGAGACAAGUUUUUUAUAAAAAUUGUGUAAAAAGCUCAAUUACUCUUCCCCUAUCCAUAGGGAUGAUUAAUGCCCAGCUUUAAAGACCAUAACAGAUGAUUUCUAAGACGUUGACCAUGUGUUCUCUAAAAGACUGCAGGAAAUACAGAAUGUGACAGACAUCCUGUGCUUUGACUUCAGUUUGCUAUCUUUCUGUGAUUGCAUUAGAGUACUGAUUCAUAGAUUUUAUCUUUUAUAAUUCUGGAGAAAAAGAUUUGUUAGUUUUGUAAAUUUUCUUAAGAAUAAUAUAUGUAUUUUAGUAGCUCCAUUAUAUUAGACGUUGUAACUCAGUGGCUUGUGAAAAAAAUCCAUUUUCUCCAUGCCUUUGUGUCAAUAGCUUUUCAUGAAUUUGUGGGUCUAGGAAAAAAAACAAUCUAGUAGUCAGCAGAUUUUAAGUUAUGUUGCUGAUGUGAAACAUUGUCUCUUUUUAAAUAUUUCUCUUUCUUAGCCCAAAGAAAAGAGUAGUGCAACUUGUAAGUAAUUCCCUGAUAUAGGAUUAAGUUAUGAGAUUUUAUGAUUCACCUUAACCUCCAGGGAUUCAAUAUCGCUUUGGUUUGGCCAGCUUAAAUGGUUAUUUUGUCUCUUUUUUGCUUUUUUAGCUAGCAGAAUCGUUUUAUCACACAAGGCAGUCUGUAUGCACACACACACACACACACACACACACACACACACACGUGUGUGUGUGUGUGUGUGUGUGUGUGUAUAUAUUUAUCCCUAGAUGGGUGAUAUAACGGGAAGCUAGCUCAUACUUUCUUUUACCUGCUUCUUAAAGUCAGGCUUCUGUCUCUCAGAGAAAAAUGCAUGAGUUAAGUUUAUUUGCUAAUAUUUUUGUAAUUUUCAGAUUCUUGUUGAAAUUAUUCCAAUUGCUAUGUUAUAUUGAAUUUUUUGGAUGUAAUAUUAAAUGAAUGAUAUAUGUGAAAUUUGUUAUAGUAUGUGGGUUAACUAAAUUUUUUCCUAUAAUUGAAUAUGGAUUGCAUUUUUAAAAUGCAUUUGCCUUUAUGGUAGAUUAAAAAUAACAUAAGUAUUAUGGAUUAUAAUAAAUAAGACAAGUCUUCCCUUUAUGUUAAACUUUCUUAACAUUUUAUAGGGUGAUUUUUAAACCAGAGUUCGGUUAAUAUAGUUGUAAUAUAUGUAAGAAAUAGGUUGGUAUUUAUUUUAUAAAAAGAAAGGAAAAUAUGUUUUCCUGUGAGCAAGCACUUUGCAACCAUAAUUCAGUGUAAUACACUACUUUCUGUUUUCAAAUAGAUCAGUCAUAAUGUAGUCUAUAUUGUUGGCAAGAUUUUUAUUGUAAACAGCUGUUUAUGUGUUGAGCAGUUAAUAUUUUUCCAUGUGACUCUUGUCUGAAAGUAGUAAAGGCAUAGAUCUGUGCAAAAUAAAUUUCAAAUUUAUAAAUAUUAAGUAUGAAAUGUAAGAAUCAAAUGUUCAUAAAAGUACUUUUGCAAGUCUAGAACUUACAAAGGAAAAUUGGUAGAAAUUUGAAACAGUGAUUUUAAUGAGCUGAUACAGGUGGAUAAAAAAAUGGGUAAAAUUAAGGCAUUUUAUUUUUAGCACUGCUUCUGUGUUUUGUAUGAGAUUUAAGUUCUUGAGUAUAUUCUUUAAAAAUUAUUAAGGAAAUAUACCUUGGCCUUCCUUAUUAACACACGUGUUCUUUUACUAGUUAUUUGUGUUGCUUAAUUCUUUAACAUUCAAAGUAGAAAGUUCAGUCAUUGUUUCUAAUUAAUAAAUGUGAAAUUGGAUAGGCAAAUUAAAAAGUACCUUGAAGAGUAA